AUGUGAUGCAACUGGAGACUUUAAUGGAUUUGGUGGCGGAGAGAGUAGCUUUCUUCCGGGUGAUGAAAAGCAAAUCAUGCAAAACCUCAAUGACCGCUUGGCAGCCUACCUGGGCAAAGUCCAUGCUCUAGAGGAAGCGAACACUGAUCUUGAGGAGAAAAUUGCAGAAUGGUACAAGAAGCAGGGAGAAGGGACCAGCAAUGGAGGAUCACGUGAUUAUAGCAAAUAUUAUACCAUCAUUGAGGACCUUCGGAAACAGAUAAUUACUGCAGUUACAGACAAUGGAAAAGUCAUUUUGCAGAUUGACAAUGCAAGGCUGGCUGGUGCUGACUUUCAACUCAAGUAUGACAAUGAAGUGUCCCUUCGCCAGAGUGUGGAAGCUGAUAUUAAUGGCCUGGGUAGGGUCCUUGAUGAAAUGACAAUGAGCAGGAGUGAUCUUGAAAUGCAGAUUGAAAACCUGACUGUGGAGCUGCAAUAUAUUAAGAAGACUCAUGAGGAGGAUAUGACUUCUGCAGUGGAUGGUACUGUCGGAGAUAUAGAUGUAAAGAUCAAUGCUGCACCUGGAGUUGACCUGACUGCUCUUCUCAACAAGAUGAGAGCUGAAUAUGAGGCCAUUGCCGAGGAGAACCGAAAAGAUAUUGAGAUGUGGUUCAACGAACAGACUCAAGAACUGAACAGGCAGAUCAGCAGCAGUGUCGAAGAGACCAGCACAAACAAGAGUGAGAUUACAGAACUGAGACGCAAUCUGCAAAACCUGGAGAUUGAAUUGCAAUCACAAUUGUCUCUGAAACAAUCUCUUGAGGUCACCCUAGCAGAGAACGAAGGUCAAUACUGUGCCCAGCUUUCCCAAAUACAAGGAGCAAUAAGCAAUGUGGAGGGUCAACUGCAGCAAAUCAGGGAUGAUACGGAGAGCCAGAAUAGAGAAUAUCAGCAGCUCCUAGACAUCAAGAUCCGCCUGGAGAGUGAGAUUGAAACUUACCGCAGCCUGAUGGACGGAGAAGAGAGUGAUUUUGGAUCUGGAAGUACUACUGCAUCAGGAAUACAAACAAGUUUGAGAUCUAGAGACCAAUCAUCUUCCAACUUUGGAUCUAGCACAUCAGGCUCCGAAGAGUCAAGAUUCAGGGCUUUAGGAGCUACAGAUGGAAGAUCCAGAGGUUCUGGUUCUUCUCAGUCCCCAUCUAGAAAUUCUGGAUCUGCAGAUUCAAGGUCUAGAAGCCAAGAAUCUGUCACUUCUCAGUGCCAGGUCUCCAGAUAUGGAGAGUCAAGAUCUAGAAUUUCAGGAUCUGCAAGCACAAGAUCCAGUUUUGGAUGUUCUGAUGACUCAGGAUCAAGAAGUGGAAGCGCUGCCAGAGAUCAGCAAAAAACAAGAGUGAUCAAGACAAUCGUGGAAGACAGAAUUGGUGACCAAGUUAUCUCCACUCAUGUCCAGUCUGUAGAAGAAAAACCUAUAAAAUAAGCGCUCUCUUAACUCCUAUGGGAAUUCUAAAAUAUUCUGUAGCAAAAAGGAGCCAUACCCUUCUAAACCCAUCAGCUUCAAUUGAUUUAGAACUGUGUGACUCUGUUUAGGACUGCACAGCUAAUCAUACAAAAUGUCUAGACAUUACAAUCCUCUAUUAGAACUUUCUCUGUUUCUGUACUUCUAUUACUACUGCUUAUAUAUAUAAACAUUCCAUGUUUAUGUCAUUUUCCUGCA